CUUCAUGGCGCUGGCUUUGUGCACAGGAUCAUUCUCAUGUUUGAACAGAUUUGGGUCUCCUAAAGGGGGGAAAUGUCAUGCUACCACACCCAGUCGCUUUUGGAUAAAAGAAUAAUAGAGCAUCAGAGCUGGAGGUAGCAGAGCUGAAGAUGUUAAAGUUUCUGUUGGGAGUGACGACGAUGGAAAGGAUUGGGAACAGGUUUAUUAGAGGGACAGCGCAUGAAGGACGUUUUGGCAAAAAGUGAGAGAGGACGGAUUUGAGAUUGUUUGAACAUGUGCAGAGGAGGGACAUGGGGUAUAUCGAUAAGAGAACGCUGAGGUAGUUGGUUUGAAAGAGGCAGAUGUAGAGGACAGAGUAGUAUGGAGACAGGUGAGCCGCUGUGGCAGCCGAAAGAAGAAGAUUUGCAAGUGGCCUUCACAGAUCUCUAAAAAAAUGUACAUACUUGUACAUCAACUAAAUUACAAGCCAUAAACCUUUUCAUUUGAAGUCAAGACUGCAUGUAACUUCAGUUAGAGAACUUAAGUUGUCCUUUUAAUAAAAAAGACGACUGUCAGUUGAACUAUACAUUAUCUAUAGGCUGAAAUACCAAACCCAAGAUACAAACAUACAUACAAAUUCCUGACAAAAUAUAUCAAGGUGGCAAAAUAUGCAGUAUCUUAAGUAUUUCUAUGGACAUUUUGGUGACACUUCCAAACUUUUUACUGAAAUUAUUAUAGCAAUAUGAACAGAACUCAGUAGACAAACUGAAGUUGUGUUAUGUUUUAGCAUUAAACACUUCUGUUUUUAACAUGAGAUUUUUUUUAUUAGCAUGUUUCUCGUACACUUUUACAGAUUUAACCCCUUCCACUCUUCUAGGAGGAUUUUCCAAUAGAUUUCAAAAUAUGGCUUUGGGAACAAUUGGGCCGAUAUCAGCCACAGAAGGAUUAAUGAAGUCGAUGUUACAGUACAGUUGAUCUCAAAGGUGUUGAGUUGAGUUUAGGUCAGGGAUCUGUGCAGGCCUCUAUAGUUCUCACACUCCACACGCCUUGGUGAAUCAUGUCUUCAUGUUUGGGCCUCAUAGCUUCAUUGAAAUAUAAUGCAACUGUAGUAUUACAACAUUUAAAGGAAAUUGUGUGAAUCCAUCAAUUUGGGGAAGAACCCCAUAUGCAUUUGGCGUUCAUAUGUCCACAUUAUUACUGUGUGGUUUUAGAUGUCUUUUAGAAUUAUUGGUGUUCACAAUUUUGGAAAUCUUUUAAAUAUAAUAAAACAUUUCUGUACUGCUAGAACUUUGACGUUGGAUGUCUCCGGUUAAAAAUACCCAUUUUGAGCAUGUUGUGCUUUGUGUUCUGUGUGUGGUGGUAGCUUUGUGCCUUAGCUUAGGCACUGGACUUUGGUCAUAAGUUUAAACCCCUACCACACCAAACUGCCUCUCUGGGGCCCCUGUAAGUUGCUCUGGAUAAGGGUGUCUGCCAAAUGGCUUAAACUUACAACGAAGAAUGAAAAGUUUUUUUACCAGUAUGACCAACAGUCUAACACGUAACUAUUGAUGUCAUUAUUUUAUUGAUCAAGGCUCCAUAUCUACAUUCCUAUUAUGUCCAGGUUUUGUUGUUUCUUUCAUCAAUGUAACUUCCAAUCACUGGUUAUACUGUUUCUUCUGCCUAGAAUGUUUCUACAGAUACACACAUGGGAUACACUUUGUAUUGUAGUUAUUUAUUUUAUUAUGUAGCAGGUAGUAAUUGAGCUGGAAAAAAAAAAGGUUCAUAAUUUUUUGUGAUGAUUAUUGUGUGUUAUUUUUAAUCAAACCCCCACUCCACCCCCUUUUUUUGUUUGACCCCACCCUCUUCCAUCAUUGAUGAGGUCCACCCCUGAGGUGCAGCGCGCUCCUUAAAGUCUGCGCGCAAACCAGAGGCGCAUCGCGUGAGGACACGAGGGAAAGAACCCUGAAGAGUGAGAGACCAAACUUAGGAACUAAUAAACCGACCGGAGCUGCUGCACGAGCUGAUCUUCCAGCAUGGCGAGGGUGAGAUUGAGAUUAAGACUGAGGUUGAGGUUGAUGGCGGUCUGGUGGUGGUGGUGUUGGUGGUGCUCGUGCGUCGCGCUGGUCGCCGCGAACUUCACGAUGGAGAACGACCUGAGCUCGGCUUUCGUGCACCGUGCGCUGCGCAGCCAGGAGCGCCGCGAGGUGCAGCGGGAGAUCCUGUCCGUGCUCGGCUUACCCCGGCGCCCGCGACCUCACUCUCCGGAGCGGCGCACGGCGGCGCCUAUGUACAUGCUGGAGCUUUACAACGCGGCGCUCGAACCCGCCGCUUCCGGCUUCGGUCGCGCCGCCGCGCCGGUCCUGGCACCGGCACCAGCACCGGCUCCGACCCGACGCGACCAGCGCUAUCUCAGCGACGCCGACAUGGUCAUGAGCUUCGUCAACAUGGUUGAUCCUGAAGAAGGCCUGCACGUAUUCCACCAUUUCCACCGAUUCGAUCUGUCCCGCAUUCCCGAAGGAGAAGCCGUGACGGCGGCAGAGUUCCGUGUCUACAAGGACUUUGUGCACGAGAGUCACGAAAAUGACACGUUUCAUGUCAGCGUGUAUCAAGUGCUCCGGGAAUACGAUGACAGGGAUUCAGAUCUGUUCUUGCUGGACUCACGGGUUAUCUGGGCUGCAGAAGAGGGCUGGCUGGUUUUUGAUCUCACAGCUACCAGUAACCACUGGAUUUUGCACCCGGGUCAGAACCUUGGCCUGUUGCUUGUUCUGGAGAGUGCAAAUGGUGAUCGUAUGAACCCCAGGGUUGCAGGGCUGGUGGGCAACCAAGGUCCCCAGAACAAACAGCCAUUCAUGGUGGCGUUCUUUAGAGCGACGGGCGUCCGUUUGCGUAGCGUCCGCUCGGCUCCAGGGCACAAGCAGAGGAACCAGAACCGACCAAAGACCCCGAAAAACUCGCCACCUUCCAGCCAGGAGGCUCUGAGGUUGGCAGAAGCUGCAGAGAACGUUAGUGUGGACCCAAAACAGGGCUGCAAGAAACAUGAGCUGUAUGUCAGCUUCAGAGAACUUGGAUGGCAGGACUGGAUCAUUGCCCCAGAAGGCUAUGCUGCGUACUACUGCGAGGGCGAAUGCGCCUUCCCUUUAAAUUCCUACAUGAACGCCACCAACCACGCCAUUGUGCAGACGCUGGUUCAUUUCAUAAACCCGGACUCGGUCCCAAAGCCAUGCUGCGCCCCCACUCAGCUCCAUGGCAUCUCCGUGCUGUAUUUCGACGACAGUUCCAACGUCAUCCUGAAGAAAUAUCGCAACAUGGUUGUUAGAGCGUGUGGCUGCCACUGACCGACAGACACGUACACUCUCGCACACAGAGGACAGAACAGGAGGAGAUCGAACCGAGGCCGGCUGUGCCUUCAGGAAUCAUAAGUUUAAUAGGACUCGUUAUUGGAGGGAAAAGCUGGACCACUAUGCCGCGCUUACAUUUUUUGAAGCGCGUCACAACUGCAGCCGAAGUCAAGUAGGAGCUGCGUUCGUUAUAUGCUGUAAAACUGAGAAUGGAAAAAAAACAACCGUACAACCUUGAUAAAACCAGCACACGACAAGAUGUGUAAGAUUAGAUUUAGGCACACUUUUUCUUCGCCUUGAAUCACUGGAGACCAAAAAACAAUAUCAGUGUGAUGAACGGUGGGAAAUACUUUUCAUAUCUGAAUCAAAAUGACGUCAAAAUUACGAGCUGUUAUUUUCACCCCAUCAGAUCUGAAGAUUUACAAGUGUGUGAUUUUAUAUAUGCAGGUGGAGGUUGUGUGUGUGUGUGUGUGUGUGUGUGUGUGUGUGUGUGUGUGUGUGUGUGUGUGUGUGUGUGUGUGUGUGUGUCGUUUGUGUGUGUGUGUGUCGUUUGUGUGUGUGUGUUAACCCCCUUGUGGCAAAACCCCCAUCCCACACACUGCAUUUAUCACACAGCCGAGUGUUCAGCAUGUGUUAACUGCCGGCAACAGGACCAUCACUUACUCCGUCCUCUCCUCUGAAGCGGGUCCAAAGCUGCGGGUGGCGGCCCCGACAGCAGCAUGUGGUUCUCAUCUGCGUUCUCUCUGUAGACCGGAUGAUAAAGCAGCUAAAUAGAACUGUCUGGAUAGGGACAGGUGCAAUUGAUUUUUAUUUUAUUCUUUUUUUUUCUGCAGAGAACUGGAAUUCUACAGCUGUUCUUGGUCAUGCGAAUGUUAUUAUACAACAAUGCUUACUCGCGGUAAUGAGGGAAUACAACCUUCAAGUCCAGAUGUUUUUGGAGAAAUGGGAGAUGGGAGUCUUUUAAAAACUUAUAUUCCCAUUUGUCAAGUUGAUCAUCAAACGCAUAACUACAGUCAGACGGGGAUUGACUCUUUUAUUGCACAAAUCCAACAAAUAUUCUUGCCUUAGGACAUGAAAAACAUUUUUAGUUUGUUUUAGAAAAUGACACAAUGAAUUAUUUUAUUCAACUGUUGCUAUUAUUAUUAUUAUUAUUAUUAUUAUUAUUAUUAUUUUUUUUUUUUUAUACAAAACACCUAAGUGCAAUUUCAUAGUAAGGUGAUUCAUAGAAAAUAUGACCCAUCAUCUUUUCACUGUGUAAGCGGCUGUACAUAGUUAUAUUAUAAAAUAAACUUUGUUACUCUGUC